CAUAUAUAUCACCAACACCAAACCGCUCUUCGAUCACUUCUUUCUUAAUUCUCAAUAACAAUGGCUUCUAAAAUUAGUGUUGUCGCUUUUGUUUUCUUAUGUAGUUCUGUGAGUGUUUUGGGUGGCAACUUCAACCAAGAUUUUGACGUAACUUGGGGAGAUGGACGUGCUAAAAUCCUCAACAACGGCCAGCUUCUCACGUUGUCCUUGGACAAGACCUCUGGUUCGGGGUUUCAAUCCAAGAAACAAUACUUGUUCGGAAAAAUUGAUAUGCAAAUAAAGCUUGUGCCUGGUAACUCUGCUGGCACCGUCACCGCUUACUAUCUAUCGUCGCAAGGGUCGGGUCAUGAUGAGAUAGACUUUGAGUUUCUAGGUAAUCUAAGUGGAGACCCAUAUAUUCUCCAUUCUAAUAUAUUUACACAAGGCAAAGGAAACAGAGAGCAGCAAUUCCAUCUUUGGUUCGACCCCACCAAAGACUUCCACACCUACUCCGUAUUGUGGAACCCACGAAGCAUCAUUUUUUCCGUGGACGGGACACCAAUUAGAGAGUUCAAGAAUUUGGAAUCAAAAGGUCUUCCGUUCCCUAAAAGUCAACCUAUGUGGAUAUACUCGAGUCUUUGGAACGCCGACGAUUGGGCGACACGUGGCGGGCUUGUGAAGACCGAUUGGAGCCAAGCACCCUUCACCGCGUCAUACAGGAACUUCAGCUCCCAGGCAUGCAUUUGGUCUUCAGGCUCUUCGUCUUGCUCUUCGGGUACCUCCAACACUUCGUGGAUGGCGCAGUCGCUGGACAUCGCAGGACAAGAGAAAAUAAAGUGGGUGCAGAAGAAUUACAUGAUUUACAACUACUGCACUGAUACCAAGCGCUUCUCACAAGGAUUUCCUCCCGAAUGCUCAAUUAAUGCAUGAAAGAAAAGGAAAAUCGAAGAUUGUUGCGGUGAAUAAAUUAAAUUAAAGCUGUAAUUUUGUUUUCUUUUUUCAUCAAAUCUGUUGUAGAUAGAACACAAUGUAAUAAUGCAACGUACAUUACACAGUUUCUAGUUCCUGUUUGGAGUAUUUUGUAUUUGUGUUACGUUGUGCUUAUGUAUUUUUAUGUGUGGGAAUAUAUGUAUGCGUAAUUUUAUUACUGUUUGAAGAUUAAUAAAAAGUUAUUUUGUUUCAGAUG